AUGGAAGGGGGACCUGGAUCUCCAGGUGGGACCCAGGUGUCCAGGAGGGACCCAGGAGUCUGGGGGGACCCAGGCAUCCAGGGGACCCGGGUGUCCCAGGGGGACCCAGGCAUCCAGGGAACACCCUCCAUGGAAGGGGGACCUGGGCGUCCAGGUGGGACCCGGGUGUCCAAGGACACCUCGUCCAUGGAAGGGGACCCAGCCAUGAUGGGGACGGCCAUGAAGUUACUGGUAGGGGUCGCACUGGUCUUACUGGGAG